AGUUUUGGAGAUUCUCAAAAAUGCGUUUGUCUUCAUUUCACUUCAUUUAUGAAUAAUAUGAUUGUGUUUGCCCUAAAAAUGAUCUGACAUGAAGCACAAGGACAGAAAUUCUGUUUUGAUAGUGAAAAUAAUCGAUUUUAUAAAAACACGGGUAUCCCGACAGGGUUUAUUUUCGUCGGCUUGGCGUGCCACGGCGGUUUGUAUUUGAAUUCCUGCAUAGCUCCCUCUACAAUAGAAAGUACAACAUUUGUUUUGGUUUGAGUCGCACCACGAUGGUGUUCGUGCACCUAUGUAAAGAUAGUGCAUGUUUAAUAUUAAUUGUUACUGAGUCGUUCUCUACUUUUAAUCACCCCUUUACCCGUGAAGUAUUCAUCUCUUACUUUAUUUCUUUGUUCCACACUGUUUGCAAAGAUUUAUGUUAUUUUUCGCCAAGUGCAUAGUUGCUGCAGCAAUGCACGGUCAGCAUCUACCGUGUAUAGCUAGCCCAGCCAGGCCGGCGAUCGUUUUAGCGCUACACCGCAACCAGCGCGCGCAACCAACACGAAGCGAUCUACUGCAAUUCACCGAAGAAGCAGGUUUAAUUCCCAGACUCACCAAAUAAUUAAUACUAGAUCCAGUAAUCAAGAGAAUAUGGGGGAUGAAGAAGAAGGGAGGAGGGGACCGAAGGGUGCCUCUCCAGGUACACGACUUGAAAGGAGGAGGGAGACCUCGAAAGCUUAUGAACUUUCAAGAAAAAAGAGAGGAACCAUAAGAGUUCAGAGUGAGGUGUUUGAGCGAUGGAGUGAACUUCGUCUACGAGGAGGACUGACCAAUGACCAAUUUUUGUCAAACUUGUUGGACAUGUCUGAAGAAAAGGAAGGAACAUUAACUGACUCAGAGCAAUCAGUGGUGACUGGAGCCAAUUUGAGCACGAAGACAGUACAGACAUCAACUCCUGGCAAAGACGGAACUGAGGUCCAAGUUCUUCUCAAUAGCUCCUCAGAUGAUUCAUCCAUGCCAUCACCACUUCAUUCAAAACACUCCUCAGAUGAUUUAUCCAUGCCAUCAUCACUUCAUUCAAAACAGCCUGUAUCUGGAGCACCGUCAAGUCCACCGCAGCAGGAAGAACUUGAUAUUGACAAUGCAGAUGUGCAUGACAUCAGCGUAAGUUUUGCUGAAGUAGGUGACUUCAUAUAUCCACAUGAAGAGGAGGAUAUUGUAGAUGAAUGUGGUGAUAGCGAUUUUGCUGCAGAGGUUUUAUUACAAAGACGGCCUGAGGAUAUAGCUUUCUUAAGGAGAAUCGGGGAGGACGAAGAAGUCCUUGGCGAGCAGAAUGAACUAGAGUCCAGUUUACAGACAACAAGAUCAGGUCUGCAUGUAAAAGUGUCACCAGAAGAGGCCUCGGACUUAGGGUUUGUGCUGAUAUCAAAAAACCGAUUAAAACAGUUGGCAAAAGAAGCCUACCCAACAUGUGCAGUUUGUGGUGCAGAGACGAUUGCAACAGUUCAUGAUGCCAAUGGUUCAGCUGGGCAUGUAAAUUGGGUGUGUCCUAAAGAACAUGAACGCAAAUUUUGCAGCCAGGAGGUCAUAGGAAGAAGCCAUGUGGGGGAUGUUAGGCUUGGUAGCGCAAUUCUGCUGUCUGGAAACAACUUCCAAAAAAUCAAACUGCUAUCCCAAUUUUCGAAAUUGAAUUUCAUGUCUCAAAGGACAUUUCAUGCGAUCCAGACCCAGUAUGCCAUCCCAGCAGUAGAAGCUUGCUGGAAGGGGAUCCAGGAUACAACCAUAAACAAGCACAAAGCAACGCCAGUUGUUGUAUGUGGGGACGCAAGAAAUGACAGCCCCGGCCACUGUGCACAAUAUUGUACUUAUACCUUCAUGGAACAUGAAACCAACGAUGUGCUUCAUGUCGGUUUUGUUGAUAAGAGGGAGGUCGGCAUGAAAAGCAAUGUCAUGGAGGCAAAAGCCUUCAAGGAAGGGCUAUCCAUAAUGGAGGAGAGAGGUCUGAAAGUCAAGGAGGUGGUAACGGAUGCCCAUCCCUCAAUUGCGAAAUACAUGAGAGAAUCAAAGCCCGAAGUGAAACACUCCUGGGACGUCUGGCACGGUGCCAAGAACCUUGCCAAGAAACUUGCAAAGGCAUCAUCAAAAGCAUCAAGAAGAAGCCUUCUGUAUUGGGUAAAACACAUCAUUAGGCAUUUUUGGUAUUGCUCCAAAACAUGCAGAGGGAAUCUUGUAGAUUUCAAGGCCAAGUGGCAUGGCUUGACACACCAUGUCACUAAUCAACAUUCAUGGGUGGCUGGAUUCGGAGGUGCAGCUGAGUGUGCUCAUGGUGAUCUUGAGGAGAGAGAGGAGUGGUUGGAACGUGGGGGAGACCCACACAGAGCUCUGGUUCAGGUGUGCUAUGACAAGAGGUUUCUAACCAACUUGGGCCAUUAUGUCAACUACCGCCACACGAGCAUGCUCGAGAGCCUUCACAACCACAUAUUAAUGUAUGCAUCCAAGAGGUUUUCCUUUCGGUAUCCUGGAUACAGAGCAAGGAACCUUCUUGCUGUGAUUGACUUCAUGUCCCACAAGGACCGUCCAUACCAGACUAAUGAAGAUGGAACUCCAAAGAAAGUAGCAGUUUGGUCAAAGCACGCUGGUGACUACGUCGCAGUAAGAGUGAAAGUCCCAAAGACAUAUGACUACAUCGAACCUUUGAUGAAGGACAUCUUUGUUAGGAAGGCAACAGAUGAAGGACCGAUGUUUAGGAGAGCAACAAUCAGGCCAGAUGACCCACGUCUAAUUCGCCCCCGCCUUGCUCCAUUUCCUGCUCCUCCAAUAGAAGAGAUCUUAGCAAGAAGAAGGGGCCGAAAUGAAGUGGAAGAAAGUGAGGUUGAUUGAGUACUUCAAUGUUGCAAAAUUUGUCUAGUUGAAUUGGCAAAUUCACAGAGCUUGCUGUGCUUCAUAUGAUAACUUCUCUCACAAUCAUUGCACAGAAUUGUCCCUUAACAUAAGGGCAAUCAAUUAUCAGUGCUCAUCUUGUAUUAGUUUCAGCCCCAUAACCAAGGUCAUUUAACCCUUUGACUGCGGAGGCAUUAAAGAACAAUACCAGUUGUGGUUAAGGAUGUCAAACUUUGUGUAAAAGACUUUCUCAUGAAAUAAUUGUUUGCUGCAACUACAGAAAGUUUGCAAGUAUAUGGAUAUAGCGCAUGUAACAUGGACAAGUAUUACUGAUCAUUUUCAGCUCACAUCAUGAAAGUCAAAAGCUGUAGGCUCAUUGACAUGAGAACAUGUUGGUAUUAUUUUGAAUAAUAAUGAUCUCUUGAAUUUUAUUAAUCAGAGGUAUGAGACUAAGGCUUGAUGGUGAAUAUUACGGAUAGUCUUGCACGAGUUUAAGGUCAGUUAUUGUUUGUAUUGUAUGUCAAUGAAUUCAGAAAGGUUAAGUUUUCAAAAUAUCGUAACUUCAAAUUAAAUGGACCUAUUUCAUGAAACUUGGAUGAAGGGUCAUCGAAAUACACUGUUUAUUAGAUGAUUUAAUUUCACAUGAUGAAGGUCUAUGGUUAUUUAGGACUGAUAAACUUGUCAUUUUAUCAUAUGGAUUGUGCUUUUUGUGAAAAGUUAUUCAUCUCAUUCCCAGUUCGGCAACACUGAUUUAUUUGUCACCUUAACAUUGGAAGAACCAAUUAGGAAUCAGAAUUUCCGCUACUUUCAUGGCAGUUGACACUCCAGCAAGAGUAGCUUUCAGAUCAACUGUUUAUGCCUAGUUCUUAUCAGAUUUGAAACGUUAAUACAUCAAAGAAAAUGAACUGGGAAAGGUAACUAGUAUCUUAGGUCAUUUCCUAGGAGUAACCCUACACGAGAUUGUUUUAUCAGUAAGUCAUAGGUUAUAAAGAACCAUAUGAUGGAUUUUCUUCAAAAUCUGCUCGAUUGAGGAUAAGAUUAGUUUCUGGGGGUCGUAAGGUCUAUGUUAUGUAGAUCAUUGUUUGUAAAUGGCCAUGAUUAUGGUAUAAGCAGAUUCUGGUGGGUUCGCAACUUGUAAAUCCCAACUAAUCCAGAAUACUUUGGUGGAUCAACAGGCCUAUGUC